AUGUGGGAGGAAUUCGACAUCACAAAGUUACCAUACUAUGAUCCAAAGGUCGACAAUAAAGUAGCCUUAGUAACAGGUGGGAAUUCAGGAAUAGGAUACUAUACUGUGUUGCAUUUAUAUCUACAUGGAUUCAAAGUAUACCUAGGUGGCAGAAAUAGCAGUCGAGUGAACCAUGCCAUUAAAGAAAUCAAGAAAGAAGCAGAAAUACGUCUUCGGAAGGGACAAGAUGAGAAGCCUCAUGAUGGUUUAAUGAUUAGAAAAACCGGAAAACUUGAAUAUCUUCAUAUUGAUUUAACAGAUUUGAACUCGGUGGAGAAAGCCGCUACUAAGUUCACUGUACAAGAAGACCAUUUGGAUGUUUUGAUAAACAAUGCAGGAGUGAUGGCUAUACCAUACGAGUUAACAAAGGACAACUUUGAGAUACAGAUGCAAACCAACUACGUCUCACAUUUUCUACUCACAAUGAGAUUGUUACCCUUAAUCAAAGCCAGAAAGGGUAGAGUGAUAACUGUGUCAUCUUUAGGGCAUAAUCUAAUAUUUUUCAACUGCAACCCUGGCGCGCAGUUCAACUACUGGCCAAGUAUGUUCUUUAUGUGGUGCCGUUAUGCCUUGGCGAAAACAGCAUCCAUCCAAUUCACCAAAAUGCUAGCCAUCAAGAACCCUGACAUUCUUUGUAUGUCCUUGCAUCCAGGCCUGGUGAUGAAUACGAAUCUAUUCAGUUACUGCACCAGACUCCCAUUCGUUGGCAUUUUCUUUUGGAUCCUUUUCCAAUUCGUAGGAUAUUUCUUUGGAGUAUCGAACGAACAAGGAGCAAUCUCAACUUUAAAAUGUGCCCUUUCUUCCGAUCUUUCCGCAGAAACAGAUAACGGUGCUUAUUUUACAACGGGGGGAUAUCCAUCAAAACCCAGUCGCGUUGCUAACAGUUUGGAUAACGCUGCUUCAACUUGGAUUUGGACCGUCCACGAACUUCGUGACCGUGGCCAUGAAAUAUGA